CCGCUCUCUCUCAUCGCGUGACACUCCCCCCACUUUGUUUCGGCUCCUUUUGGCACAACACAGAGAUCGCCAGCAGCCCCGAUGAGUAGGAAGCGCUGAGAAGCUGCUUUCUUUUGAUUGAUUCAUUGAUGGAGCUGACGGCAGCGUUGCGGUCCUCCCUGGUGCGCCUGGUGCAUCUGUGCGCAGAUCGCGGCCUCUGUGGCGUCAAUGAGGCUAAGGAAUUCAUCGCCCUGGGCCUGGUGUCGGUGGACGGCAAAGUGGUGGACCGGGGCGGUGGCACUGCAGUUGGCGGCGGCGGUGUGUGGGUCGAGAGGGACGCUGAGGUGCAGCUGCUUCCCCGUGCGCAGCGGGUGCAGGCCAGCAAGGUGACGGUGCUGCUCAACAAACCACUCCACUACCUUACUUACGUAAGUGAGAGUAAGACGCGGGCAUCCAUCAUCAUCAUUGGUUCAUCUUUCGUUCUCAUUUAUUCUGUGUGUCUGAUCAGGCUGCUGCGUCUUCCACAGCGCCCCCCUCCCGUCGUCUGUUGACGGCGGCCAACCGGCACGUGUCAUGCUCCAGCCGCAUCGACCUCGCCAAGUGCCGCAAACUGCACCCCACCGACCAGCUCGACGCGGACACCACUGGACUCGUCGUCUUCACACAGGUCCGUGGCAUGGCACAGCACGCACCACACAGGAGCGAACAUUCCUGCGGUGAGUGAAAAAGUGCGCAUUUGUGUGUGUGUGUAUCAGGAUGGCCGUGUGGUGUCGCUGUUGUCCGGCCGUCAUGGUGGUGUGCAGGUGGAGCGGGAGUACCACGUGCAGGUCAGGGGGAGACUGGACGGACAGGUCGGUCAGUGAGGCAGCGGACGGAGAACAUAAGGACCGACCGACGCCCAUUUCGUCGUCCAUGCUGCUGUCCGUCAUGUCAUGUGUGCAGGUGUUGGGUCUCCUGCGUCACGGUCUGACCAUGGACGGCAUCGACCUGCUGCCCUGCCAAGUCGACCAGGUCAUGGUGUCACGCCGACACAGUAAGACAAGAACCCAACAGCCCAGAAAAGAUGACAAGGCCGCCAGUGGGGAAGGACAAGAGACAGCGUCCCAGCUCUCAUCUGAAGAUCACCAAAGGACAGGACAUCCGGCCGAUGAUGACGAUCAGAGGAAGGCUGCUGGAGAUGAAAUGAUGAUUCGAUCCGAUGGGGCGCUAUCCGUCUCGUCCGAUGCAUUGGAUGAGGCGGCGGUGGUCGAUGAAUGGCCGAGCGCCCUGCUGCGCUUCAUUCUCAAGGAAGACAGACCAAGACAGGUCGGUGGGCGGGGUGUGGUGCUGGCCUGGCUCGGCCGUUAAGACAAGACAACCACCGGUCUGGUCGUUGUGGCUGUGUAGGUGCGGAGGAUGUGUGCGAUGGUUGGCCUGGAGGUGGAGCGGGUGCAUCGGGUGCGAAUUGGUAGGGGAGAGACAGACAGACCUCAGGGAGGGAGGAAGGGACGGAGAAUCACUUGCACAGAGCCUCCAGAUGUGGAACGAGCUGCUGUGUGGUGUGUGUGUGCAGGGAAGGUUGAUGUGUCGCGGCUGCCGUUGGGCAGGUGGAGACUGAUGACCAAGUAUGAGUCGUUCGUCUGAAUGAUCCGAUCCAUGCAUCCAGACUUGCCCGCCCCUGUUUGUACAGAUUGAUUAGGUCGCAUGAGAUAGCGUACGUGAGGCCCUUUGAGUGACCUUGCUGAUGCUUGGCAUAUCAUAUGCUCACGCACGCACCAGUGUCCAUACCAUAGAGGGGGGCAUGUAUUGGACACACAUGAACGAACGAACGCCGCACGGCUCCCCUCAUGUGUGUGUAAGGCUGUCUGUAUGGGUAGGUAUGGUAUGUGCCUGCCUACUAGAAAACCUCCUCGAAAAACGCGAGGAGUGAGUGGCUAAUAAAGGGACCAAGACAAACGGCAUGGCAAUGCAGCGCCGGACAAGCCACCUUCCAAUGGUGUGCCUGCCUGCCUGCCUGCCGGAGUGGACAAAGCGUCGCAGAUGUCAGUCAUGUCGUGCACGUGUGCGCAAGAAAGUCGGCCUACAUGCGUGAACCGAUACUUGCAU